AUGUUAGAAACAUUCAAAAAAGGUCUACAUGGAAUGGUAAAAUGGAUGGGAGAAAGUAUCAAAAGAAUUGUUCAUCCGAGUGAUAAUAGUGAUCGGAAGAUGCUGGAAGGAGACAUUCUAUUGAUAGAAGAAGGAAAUCUGAAAGUGGACAAAUACGGAACAAACCCGAAACCCGAGCUAACUGAUGAAGAAAAAUUAGGUCUAUUGGCUGCUCAAUGCGUUUCGAAUUAUUUUGAGAAAGCUGGUGAAUUGAGAAGAUGUUCGAAUAAGAAAGAAACUCAAAUAAAUGGAAGAAUUGAUAUAAAACCACUCACGGAUGGCUCUUCACCGGAAGCUACUCUACUCGAGCAAAGAUCGGAAUUCUUGAAAAAUGAGAAUACUUUUGAAAUUGAGCCUACGAUAAUACAGGUUGUGCAAUUAAUGGACAAGGAUAAAGAAUUAUUUAUGGAGUUAUUCGAACAAGAGAUGCAACGAGUUGAUAAAGAAAUUCUGGAGGAAAAGGAGAGAAAAGAGAUAUUGUAUUACAGUAAGAUAUUGGAAGAACUAGAGAAAGCUCACAAAAUUUCAAUUUCAGAGCAAGAAUUUUUGCAGUUGUCAACAAGCCCUGUGGAUUUGUAA